CGCACACUAUGGGACAUCGUGUCUCCGUGCUUGCUCACGAUAUUCGCAUGCAUAUACACGUCGGUGCAUCCAAACAUCCCGAGUCCGUACGACGGUCCCUUGCGACGGUUGUUCCGGUCCGCAAAGAUCAUGUCUGUAGCCGUCAUCGCGCCCGAGCUCUUGGUCGCUUGGGCCACUAGGCAGUUCAUCAGCUCACGAAACCUAACGCGCCACGAGACUUGGGGUAUGACACAUAGCUUCUUCGCGUACAUGGGGGGCUUUAUGGUCUAUCACGACGGAAAACCAUGGCGCACCAUAACACCAGCACGGCUUAUCCUGGCCAUACAAGAAGGACAUAUAGCUCCUAUCCGGCUCACAGAAGCCGAGAUCGAAGAUGCUAGCAAAGGCGAUGUCCUGUCUAAAGGACUCGUCGUACUCCAAGUCUCUUGGUUCGGCGUACAACUCAUCGCGCGAUACGUCUAUCAUCUGACCGUGACACCCCUCGAGAUCUCGACCGUAGCUUUCGCUCUUCUGGUCUUCUUCACUUACGGUCUUUGGUGGAAGAAGCCUCUCAACGUCGGCUGCCCUCGGCGCCUUGAAUGGAAA